GACAAGUUAUCUUUUUAAUAAAUGUAAAUAAUUUGAGAUGUUUAUUAUCUGAAAUAUAAAAAAGAAUGAUCACUCGGAAAAAUUCAUUUCCAGUUUUAAAAUUUCCGUUCCAUUCAUUUUUCCGCUUUCGAGAUUCUCUCGAGAUUCCUACGAUCCAAUAGUAAAUUGGGUUUCAUAUCGAAUUCAUCGAUUUUAUUGUUGAAGAAAAAUGGCGGAUAUCUCGUUCUCCAGUCGUGCGUAUUGUAAGAUUAUUUUACAUGCUGCUAAAUAUCCUCAUUGCGCGAUAAAUGGAUUGUUAUUAGCUAAACAGAAUAAUAAACGUGACAACAAAUCUGCCCAAUUACGUAUCGAGGAUGUAGUUCCAUUGUUUCAUAUCUGUCUUCAUGUUUCGCCUAUGGCGGAAAUUGCUUUGACCAUGUAUAUUAUAUGAUAAAGAAGCAACUCAUACAGUUGUAUUAUAUGCUUUACUAAAAGCAGAAAAAUACAGGAAUCUUGUUGAUUUUGAUAAUCAUCUCGAUGAUAUUUCUCUCGAUUGGCAAAACCGAAAACUUAAUAAAAUCAUUGAAGAGUUUAUAGAAAAAUAUAAAGACAUUCAGUCUAAAGUAAUUAAUAAAUAAGAAUGUAAUUUAAUUUAUUAAUAUAAAAUAUUAAUGUUGAAAUUUAUCUGUAAAGAUUUUAUUUGUAUAAGAUAAUAUUAAGUAAUAGUAAAUUAUUUAUAUUUAUUAUAUCUUUAUAUAUUCUAUCACUUUUUAACUAUUAUUAUAACUAUUAAUUUAUAAUAAAAUUCAAAUUCAAAACCAAUUUAAUCAGAUAACGAUUUUUGUGUUAAUUUUUAGUAUUUUAGUUAUGUAUUUAA